AUGUCGAAAUCUUUGAAAAUUCGUGAAGUUGAUAGGUUUCUCGGGCAAGUAACUUGCAUGGCCCAUGUUGCUAAUGCCAACAAGAUUGUAAAGCAGAAGCUCACCGAAAGGCAGUUAGAGAUGUUCAAGAGAACAGUUUUUGGUCGAUUCCUAGACAUUGAACUUGUAUUCAACAGCCCUCUAAUCCACCAUAUGUUAUUGAGGGAAGUGAAGAACUCAGGAAUGGACUCAAUCAGUUUCUUUGUUAGAGGAAAGGUCGUCACAUUUUCGAAGGAUGACUUUUUUGUUGAUCACUGGUUUGUGCGAGUUGGACGGAGUGAGAAGUCCUCACAUGAACUUUUUAUCAAGUGCUUUGGUAGUCGGUUGACCUCAGACGCAUUCCACUUGCAUUUGCUUCAAGAAGAAUAUAAAGAAUUGGUAUUUGAAAAUGAUGAGGAUGCAGUAAAAAUUACCCUAGCAUACUACACAAAGGUUGCAAUGAUGGGUAAAAACAAGCAGAAGAAUGCUAUGGAUCAUACCCUAUUUGAUGAUGUUGAAGACAUAGACUACUACAACUCUCUUGAUUGGGAUUUAAUCAUUUGGCAAAGGACACUCGACUUCUUGAAGACCGCACUUAAAGACAAGACAAAAGUCAAAGAGAGUCUUGUCAUGUUCGAGGCUGAGAAGGAGUUUCGGGACGCCUCAAUUGAUAGACGGGCGGUAAGACAAGCCCACUCUGACACCGAGAGUUCAGGGAGCUCUAGUAGUCCAAAUAGUGAUGGUGGUUCAGAUAAUAAGGGUUCAUAA